AUGAAAAUGCCCCCCAAACCACAAUCUCAGUCUUUCUUCUUCACUCCAUUGCUUCUUCUCUUUCUCCUCUCGACGACCCUCGUCACCCCCCUCGUCACUGCACAGACGCAUACAAGAACCUCAACAGUGGUAGUAACGGUGACAGCAACCCCAACCGAUCCACCGUCAUCAUCAUAUACCUCCCGGGAGGAAUUCAAAGACAUCAUCCUCAAGGUCAGCAACGCUUACCGGAAACAGCACAGUGCGAGUCCAUUAGUAUGGAACGAGACUCUGGCAGAGUAUGCAUUUCACUACGCUAAGAAGUGUAAAUGGGAGCACUCGCAUGGUCCAUACGGUGAAAACCUCGCAACAGGAUACCCAAAUACCACAUCCGCCGUCUCCGAAUGGGGCGACGAACGGGAUUUAUACGACUUCAAGAAACCUACAGGCUUCACGGAGGAGACGGGUCAUUUCACACAGCUAGUUUGGAAAGCAACAGAGAAAGUUGGCUGUGCUGUUGUUGACUGUGGAUAUAAGAGUAAUAAUGACGAUGAGGGUGGUAAGAUCGAGGGCCAGGAUAGCAACAGCAAUAGCAACAACAACAACAACAACGGCAGCAGCAGCGGGCCACCGAGGGCUAAUGGAUGGUAUAUCGUCUGCGAGUAUCUUCCUCAAGGGAACCUGAUAAUGGCGGGGAGGGAGAAUGCACUUUUUAUACAGAACGUGUUGCCGGAAUCAUCAUCAUCCUCAUCUUCUACUUUUGCUUCCCCUACAACUUCUUGCUCUUCUUCGACUUCUGCUUAUCCUUCAGCGGGUACGACUUUUACGGGAGACAACAAUAACCGCAAUGAUAUUACUUUCAGUCAAGCUAAUGAAAGACACGACCUGAGUUCAGUGAGAGUUUGCAGGAUAUGGGUUACUCUGGUUAUGCUCCUGGCUAUGUUUGCUAUGUGA